AUGUCCUCCCAGCAAAAAAAGCAGAAGUGCCAGCUCUCUGCUAAGUGUCCACCCAAGUGUCCCCUUCAAGGUCCCCAGGCUCCUGCUGCAUGCCUCCCUCCCAGUGGCCCUCCAGCGCCCGCCUGCUGUGUUUCCACCUGCUGUAUUUCCGGCUUCGGAGGCAGGUGCUCCCUAGUAUCUCACCGGUUUCCUCGAUUCUACCUUCGCCAGCCUCAGCGUUCUGACUGCCCUGAGAAUGAGUCCUCGGGAUGUUCCAGCUGCGGUCAUAGCUCUGGAAACUGCAGCUGA